AAAAUAUGGCUUAAGUAUUUAAUUCAAAGGUUAGCAUUAUCACCAAAUCAGAAAUCAGAUAUGAAGGUACAAUUUAUUAAAUUAAUCCUUAAUAACAAACUAUUGCAUUGAAAGAUGUACGCUCAUUUGGAACUGAGGGAAGAAGACCUGGUAUAUUAUUUUUAAAUAAAUUAUUUAAGAUCAUGAAAUACCCCCCAAUUAAUAAAGUUAUGAUAUUUUAGUAUUCAAAGCAGCUGAAAUUAAAGGCUUUAAAACUUUAGAAGAAAAUAAGCCUGAGGAAAUCAAAUUAGAGAAUGUCAAAUAAGAAAACCAAUCUCAAUAACCACAAAUUUUCUAACCACCUUAAAAUAUUGAAUAAAUAGAGUAGUAAUAAGAUUCAAGAGCUUAAUUGUAAAAUAAUUACCCAUAAAAUCAAUAAACUAAAACAAAUGGAACAAAUCCUAGAGCUUUUAAUUUUGAAGAAAUGCUCCAAAAAGCAAAUGAAAUUGAAAAAAUUAAAAAAUAAGAGGUGAAACCUAAAUAUAAUCCUACUUCGUUUUUUGAUUCUCUUUCUACCAGUACUCAAAAAUAAGAAAGAAUAACAUAAUAAAGAAAUCAAAAUCAGAUAGACACAGAUACCUUUGGUAAUUUUUAUAAAUAAAGAUAAAAUAAUAAUAACAAUAAUAACAAUGGUUAAAGAAGAAAUAAUAAUCAUAACAAUAAUAAUUAUAAUAAUAAAAAUAAUUUUAAUAAUAAAAAUAAUAAUAAUUAUAGAAGGAAAAAUAAUGAUUAAUAAAGAGUUAUUUAUGUAGAAAAACAAUCUUUAGAAUAAUAUUAAUAAUAGCCAUAAUAAUAAUAAUAACAAUAAUAGCAAUGA